GUGCACCUGCCCCCGGGGCCACAGGAAGCACAGGCAGCUGUUUGCUGAUCAGAAAACUGCAGGCUCAGAACCACGUGUGUCAGCUGCUGACCUGUCCCUCUGCCGUUCUGUGUUUGCAGUGGGAAGUCGCCAGAAGGGGGAGCACUCGGUGAGGGCGGCUGGCAAAGAGAAGUGCGUCUACUUCUUCUGGCAAGGCCGGCACUCCACAGUGAGUGAGAAGGGCACGUCGGCGCUGAUGACGGUGGAGCUGGACGAGGAAAGGGGGGCCCAGGUCCAGGUUCUCCAGGGAAAGGAGCCCCCCUGCUUCCUGCAGUGUUUCCAGGGGGGGAUGGUGGUGCACUCCGGGAGGCGGGAAGAGGAAGAAGAAAAUGUGCAAAGUGAAUGGCGGCUGUACUGCGUGCGCGGAGAGGUGCCCGUGGAAGGGAAUUUGCUGGAAGUGGCCUGUCACUGUAGCAGCCUGAGGUCCAGGACUUCCAUGGUGGUGCUCAACGUCAACAAGGCCCUCAUCUACCUGUGGCACGGAUGCAAAGCCCAGGCCCACACGAAGGAGGUCGGAAGGACCGCCGCGAACAAGAUCAAGGAACAAUGCCCUCUGGAAGCAGGACUGCAUAGUAGCAGCAAAGUCACAAUACACGAGUGUGAUGAAGGCUCCGAGCCACUCGGAUUCUGGGACGCCUUGGGAAGGAGAGACAGGAAAGCCUAUGAUUGCAUGCUUCAAGAUCCUGGAAGUUUUAACUUCGCACCCCGCCUGUUCAUCCUCAGCAGCUCCUCUGGGGAUUUCGCGGCCACGGAGUUUGUGUAUCCUGCCCGAGCCCCCUCUGUGGUCAGUUCCAUGCCCUUCCUGCAGGAAGAUCUGUACAGUGCGCCUCAGCCAGCGCUUUUCCUUGUUGACAAUCACCACGAGGUGUACCUCUGGCAAGGCUGGUGGCCCAUUGAGAACAAGAUCACUGGUUCUGCCCGCAUCCGCUGGGCCUCCGACCGGAAGAGUGCAAUGGAGACUGUGCUCCAGUACUGCAAAGGGAAAAAUCUCAAGAAACCACCCCCCAAGUCUUACCUUAUCCAUGCUGGCCUGGAGCCCCUGACAUUCACGAAUAUGUUUCCCAGCUGGGAGCACAGGGAGGACAUUGCUGAGAUCACAGAGAUGGACACGGAAGUUUCCAAUCAGAUCACCCUCGUGGAAGACGUCUUAGCCAAGCUCUGUAAAACCAUUUACCCACUGGCCGACCUCCUGGCCAGGCCACUCCCAGAGGGGGUCGAUCCUCUGAAGCUUGAGAUCUAUCUCACCGAUGAAGACUUCGAGUUUGCACUAGACAUGACAAGGGACGAAUACAACACCCUACCCUCCUGGAAGCAGGUGAACCUGAAGAAAGCAAAAGGCCUGUUCUGAGUGGGGAGACGCCAGAGGAACCUCAGAGUCACGUCCAAUACCAUCGCACCAGGGAAAUGGAUACAUAUUUUUGGACUGGUGUUUUCCACAAAGUAUUUUUCAAUCAGAGUUUUCAGAACCCGACAUUGUUAAAGAUACUACUUGUCCGGGAGUUGUGUAUUUUGUAAAUGCUCAAGGGAACUGUUUGGAAACUUCUUUCCACCAUUCAGCAGGUUAUCAGAAUUAAUAAAAGUAUCUAUUAUGUGCACUUAAGCUGCAGCUGCUAUAGACAGCACUGCCUUCUUGUUCCAGCUAGGCAAUGCCUUUUUUUUUUUUUUUUUUGAAGCAGUUCUCUUUAUAAAGUGUUAUUUUGAUAGUUUGUGGAUUCUAAAAUAUAUAUAUAUUUAUAUAAACACCAUAUAAGUCAAAUAUGUAUUUAACAAAGCAAUAUGUAUUCAUUCACUUUCAAGAUUUGUUUUGGUGUCAAAAUAAUACGAAAAGGUAGAUGGAGUUGCUUCUGUUCAAUUAGCUCUGCCACCAAUACAUAUCUUCAUACACGUUUGGAAACGUUUCCUGCAGCAUUUGGUAUGACUUGUUCUGAGUACUGCUUCCGGUGCUAAAAUGAACAAAGAAUUUGUACUUAAUGGCAUGGACUCUGGAGAAUCUAUGCGAAUCAACCUUUCUACCUUAAUAUCUCCCCCAAAAUGUAUAGUGCCUUGUUUUUAUGUACAGUUUAUAUACAGAAAAGUUUGCUCUGCAUUUUUGAUGAUGGUUUGGAACAUUACCUACAAUUUUACUCUCAAAUAGUCAAAAUAAAAACAUCUCAAUUUCUAAUACCUGUUGUAAACAGUACACAUGUCAUUUUGUGAUAUAGGACUCCCAAAUAAAAGCAUUAGAAUAAACACAACAAUUAACUGAUU